CCUCCCAGCUGCUACAGUCCUACUCCUACUAUUCAUCCAUCCGUCUCACUAGCUAGCAGCUUCUCCUUCUCCUCCUUCUCUCUCUCUCUCUCUCUCUCCAUGCCAGCCUAGCCUAGCCUAGCUGGUACUUAUCUCACUCCCACUCCUCGCAAUAUCUUCUUCUUCCUCCUCCUCAAUUUCCCCUUCUCUCCCCCCUUUUCCUCACCUCUUUCCAGGCCAGGUGUGCCGGCCGGCGCGCGCGUUUCCACUAGCGGAGCCUCUUCAUGCAUGCACUGCUCAUGGCUCCGCGCCCUCGCCCGUCCGCCUCACUCCCACAGUAGCCGCCGCCUAACAACAACUCAACAGUGAGCAGCUACCGCAAGACAAUUCCCCUCUGCGGCGACUGAGGAGGUGAGGGCCGGAGCCAUGCAGCAGCCGGCCGACAUGCCGCCCUUCUCCCCGCCCGGCUGGCGCGGGCCCGCCGGGGCGCCCUCGCCCAUCAGCAGCCGCCCGCCCGCGCCGGCCCCGGCUCCGGCUCCUGCGCCAGGACAGCAGCACCAGCAACACCAGCAGCAACAUCAGCAGAUGGACGAGCAGCACGGGGGGGCGGCGGUGAGCGGGUCGGGCUCCGGGAGCGUGGACGGCGGCGAGGAGGGCGAGCGCGGCGGGUCGUCGUCGGCGGCGGGCGGCAACCGGUGGCCGCGGCAGGAGACGCUGGCGCUGCUCAAGAUCCGGUCCGAGAUGGACGCCGCCUUCCGGGAGGCCGCCCUCAAGGGCCCGCUCUGGGAGCAAGUCUCCAGGCGGCUGGCGGAGAUGGGGCACACGAGGAGCGCCAAGAAGUGCCGCGAGAAGUUCGAGAACGUCGACAAGUACUACCGCCGCACCAAGGACGGCCGCACCGGCCGCGGCGACGGCAAGACCUACCGCUUCUUCACCGAGCUCGAGGCGCUCCACGGCUCCUCUGCCGCGCACCACCCGCCGCCUGCUCACGUGGCCGUCGCGCCACCGUCCGCCCCAGCCGCGAGCACAAUUGGCGCGUACUCCGGCGUGCCCUCGGCGCCUUCGCGCGUCCUGCAGGCCGAGCCGUCUCCGCCGCCCCUUCUCCUAACGCAUCAGCCGGUGUCUACCGAGGCGGCCGCAUGCCUGACGACGACGGCGGCGGCGGCGGUGGGAGACGCGAGCUUCUCUGAUGGCUCGGACGGGGAGGACACGGACGAGACGGCGGACGGCGGGAAGCGGAAGAGGCGGGGCGGUAGCGGGAGCGGGAGCUGGGGCCACGGCGGCAAGGCCAUGCGGUUCUUCGAGGGGCUGAUGCGGCAGGUGAUGGAGCGGCAGGAGGCCAUGCAGAGCCGCCUCCUGGAGGCCAUCGAGCGGCGCGACCAGGACCGCAUGAUCCGCGAGGAGGCCUGGCGCCGGCAGGAGGUGGCGCGCCUCGCCCGCGAGCAGGACGCGCUCGCGCAGGAGCGCGCCGUGGCCGCCUCCCGCGACGCCGCCGUCGUCUCCUUCAUCCAGAGGAUCACCGGGCAGAUCGUCCCCGUGCACGCGCCGCCAUCGUCCUUCCCCGCUAAGCCGGCCGCCACCGUCAACUCGGUCAAGCCGCCGGCGCUGCAGCCGACGCCCGUCGCCUCCGCUGCGCCCGCACCUCCUACUCCACGGCCGCCCGUUCAGGCGCAGCCGAACGUGACUACGCCAAUGAGAACACAACCGCAGACGCCGCCGCCGCAGCCACAGCAGCACGCAACGCCGACGGCGACAGAGCCACAGCCAGUGACGCCGCAGCCGCAGCACCUACAGAGCAAGGAGAUCGUCGUCGUCCACGCGGCGGAGCAGCCGCCGGUGGACAUGGCCGGCGGCGCGUCGCCGUCUCGGUGGCCCAAGGCGGAGGUGCACGCGCUGAUCCAGCUGCGGACGGAGAUGGAGACGCGGUACCAGGACACGGCGCCCAAGGGCCCGCUGUGGGAGGACAUCUCGGUGGGGAUGCGGCGGCUGGGCUACAACCGGAGCUCCAAGCGGUGCAAGGAGAAGUGGGAGAACAUCAACAAGUACUUCAAGAAGGUCAAGGAGAGCAGCCGGAAGCGCCCCGAGGACUCCAAGACCUGCCCCUACUUCCACCAGCUCGACGCGCUCUACCGCACCAAGGCGCUCGCAUCCUCCUCCUCCUCCUCCCCCGUCGUCCAUGCGCCGGUCACCGUGCUCUCGCCGGUGCCGCUGUCUUCCCAGACGCCACCUCCUGCGGCGCAGCACGUCGAGCACGGGGCCAAGAGCUCGAUCACCAACGGCAACGGCCAUGGGAACGGUAACGGCGCGGCCAUGCAAGUGAAGGCGAGCAACGGCGCCGGUGCUGCGGCGAUGUUCCCCUCCCCCGUCCAUGCCGCCGGCAACGGCGGCAACAACGGCACGGCGACGAACAAACUGGAAUCCAAGCAAGAAGUUAUCCCGAAGGAGACGGCAACGGUGGUACCGCCGGCCGUGGCCAUGAACCACAGCUACGGCCGCAACGACAGGAGGGACGUGUACGACCUGGACAGCGACAGCAUGGACGAGGACGAGGAGGACGACUUCGACGACGACGACGACGACGACGACGAGGAAGACGACGCCGUCGGCGUCCCCGGCGGCCGCAACAUCAACAUGCCGCCGGCGCAGUACGACGCCCACUUCCUCCAAAGGCAGCAUCAGCAGCAACAACAUCAGAACCACAACCACAACCACAACGUCGUCCGGCCCAACGCAGCGAACGGCAGCGGCAACCCGCCGGCGGGCAACGCGGCGCCUACAUCUGCCCCGGCGACAAGCGGGACGCCAUUCCUGGCCAUGGUCCAGUGAUGAUCGAGCAAGACGACGACGACGACGCUAGCGCUACAAACCAAGAAAGCCCAGGUGGUACCGAUCUCGAUCUCUCGUGUGCCCAUACGGAUCUACAUCUCCACAUGCAUGCCCACUUGAUCGAUCGAUUGAUACCCCCUGCCUGCCUGCCUGCCGGUGCUAGCUAGGUAAAAACCCUACACAGAAAAUUUACUUUUGCUCCUUCCAAUCCAAUCCAAUCCAACAACCCUAAAUUAUUUCCAUUAUUGUUAUUAUUGUUAUUAUUCCUGGUGCACAUAUAUAUAUAUAUAUGGGCGGCGUAUACAUGAUGUACAUGUCACACAUCUUCACCACACUGUACGUAGAGGCACGGUAAAUUAAAAGGCGUGGGAAUUUACCUUUUUAUUUUUUGAGGAUACUUUUGGAGUUACCAUUUUUGUCUAAAAAAAGUUACUGUCCAGCAUGUGUCAUGUAAGAAUUUUGUGCUCUUGUUAAAUGUUGAUGACUGUCAAGAACUUUACACUUGGUAAAUGUGAAUGUUAUUCUACAUA